AUGACAAAGACCUUGUUGGUUGCAGGCAGCAACUCGGGUCAUCAGCUCGGUGUCGGUCACGAUCAAGAUGUUCGAACUCUCCAACAGGCGCUCUGCCGAUUCGAUGCCGGAUCGCAAGAUGACACCAGCUUUCCUCCGGCCGGUUACACUGUGGUCGACCUCUCAUCUGGCGCCAAUCACACACUCGCCCUAUUGAAACGCAUUCAAUUUGGCAGCAAAGCUGCGGAUGGAGACGCAAUAAGUGAGAUCUGGAUUGCUGGAACGGGAGCACAAGGUCAACUGGGCCCCGCUCAUGCGUCGUCCGAGAGCUUGCCGCUUCCGGUCUUUACUCGCCUCGAUCUCAAGGCGCUAGUGGACGGCUGCGUCGAUCUGCCGAGCUCUGAACGGCUAGAAGCAACGGUAGAGCCGAAACGUAUCGUCUGCGGCUGGAACUGCAGCUACGUUGUGAUAGCGCUCAGCAGAGCUGGUCGUUCCGACUCAUCCAAACAGGAAGUGCUGCUUUCUUUAGGUCUGCAUCGCGACCACACGUUUGGAGAGCUUGGCAGCGUAAUUGAUCCCUUAUCGGACGUCGAAGACACAGGCGUGCACAAGGUGUCGUUCUCGAAAGCUCUAAUCGAAGCUGAUUUGGACGCACAGGUUGGCUUUCAGAUCGUCGAUGUAGCAGCGGGUCUGAGGCACGCUGUCGCGGCUCUCAGUGUCGAGACAGGUGCCAACGGUCAGAGACGCAUCGUCGUGGUCGGCUGGGGCUCUGCGCGUCACGGCCAAGUAGGCCGCAUUCCAGACCCAGCCACGAAGCGUGCAGGGCCGACAAAGCGUCCUGGCCCUGCUGCUGCCAUCGUCUGGGAGCCUCAGGUCAUCUUUAACUGCAGCACAAGCGAUCCUUCCUCCUUGAGAUGCAGGCUCCGAGCAGGCAGAGAUCACUCCGUCGUACUGCUGCAAGGCGAGGGAAGGGAAGAGGACACAGGGCUGAUUUGCAUUGGGUCGAACAGGCAAGGUCAACUGCUUGACGCAGCCAUAUUGCGGCAGCAAGGAACCACGCUCGAUGCCAUCCUCGAUGUCACUUGCAAUUGGAACAGCACCCAUCUGCUGAUCGGAAAAAGUGAAGGCGAACUUGCUGUUGUCAGCUGUGGGAGCAACAGUCGAGGACAGUUUGGCGACACUACGACCGUGUCAAGUACCGCUGCUCACCCGCUAGCAUCUGUCGAUCUCAGCACGAUACGACAACAAGCGCAAUCGAGUUCAGCUACCCCAACCGACACAGAUGCAGCCGCAGUGGCAACGACCAAUCUUGAUCCGUUGCAGGCGCGACCAAGCCUCCUGAAGAAACUUGUCUCAGGCAGCGAGCAUUCGUUGCUUCUUGUGAGAAGUCCGGCUACAGGAAACGGAGACAAGCAUCAAGUGUGGGGAUGGGGAUGGAACGAGCACGGCAAUCUCGCGCAGGGUCCACAUGACGAAGCGGACCGUCACCGUCCAACGCUUCUGCUCGACGUAACGCGGUCCGGUACCGCCCAGCAGCCCGAUGGCUACGAGCCUCUGGAUAUCUGGGCUGGCUUUGGUACGAGCUUCAUUCUUGCCGAGAGACUCCACAACGCUCAAGCUUCCUGA